GGUCUAUAGCGGCGCCGAGUUGCGCCAAUCCGGCUGGUUGCAAGGCUGUUGACCCAGUUAAUGGUUAUCAUAAUAAUAAUAUUCUAAUAUUGUUUUAUCCGCUACGCGUACCACACGCUGCGACGACUCCGACCACGACGACGACGAUCAGUCCUCGCGAGUCACCAGAACGGAUACAAUAUAUACAUUUAAUAUCGCACGGGUUUGCAGCAGAUUCCUAUAACUAUGGCUCGGUGGCGCAUGGUCCAAUCCGCGACAGCACCGUUCAUACACAUAACUUCAUCCGUCUCAGUGCACUUGCUGAUAGCUGCGGUGACGGCUCUGUCUUCAUCGGUGUCAGCUUCGGGAUGGACCAACUCAACGGACGUGAUCCGGGUAGUUCAGUUCAGCAACAGUCUGGUGCCUCCUCUCUUCAACCACUAUUCCAGAGGCCGAGACAACCUGGUUCUGGCGCCUUUCGGGGUGGCAACUAACGUGGCCAUGAUGCUGGAAGGCUUGCAAGGUCGGGCCGCCGAAGAGGUAACCGCGCUGUUCCGACUCCAGGCAAAGGAAGUGCGCCAACAGCUGAGAAGAGGUUUUAAAAUGAUUUUUGAUACGUUUGGGGAUGAUUCGGACGGAGAUUUUGCCGGAUCCUACAACAAAGCAUCUGUGACCAGUUCCCGGGUUAUGCCAUCGUCAUACAUAAACAGACUUUCGAAAUAUUAUCAAGCUAACGUUACCACGAUGCGGAGCGAGAAUUCGAAUAACAGCUUAACUGAUAUUUUAGAAUUACGGAGUGACACAGGAAUAAUAAGUCACUGGAAAGAUUACCAAAAACUAGCCACGUACACUUACUUAUCGUAUCAACCAUCAGCACCGUUUACCAAAGCUGACGGUUCAAUUGUCCACGUCCCAAUGAUACCACAGACAGGAAUGUUCAAAAUCGGAUACGUACCACAACUCAAGUGUUUAGCUGCUGAACUAAUGUUUGAGGUAAGCUCGUGAUUAUUGUUAGAUACA